AUGCCUUGCCCCAAUUCCCUUUCCCAACCCCCCCCUAUCCCCACUCCAAGCGAGGGCACCAAAAACACCACCUCACCACUCCAACCCAAACUCGACGAACGAGCAGAUCACAAAUCUCCUCUUACAGCGGUAUCCCCUACCGAUCCCAAUCGACACUCCUCCUUCACCUCCCCCACCACCGUAAUCCCUACAAGUAUCCAAUCCACUCGAUCCCCCCAAGACCUCACCGCCGAAGGCCUCCUCGCACUAACUUCGCAGCCGCUCAGUCACGGCGGAGCCUGGAGUUCUGCAUCUGCACCUCCCGCCCCACGAGCCCAAUUCCUCUCCCAAGCCACCGAAAAGAUCUACACCUUCUAUUCCGGUGACAUCUACCCCAAAACUAUGCGCCAAAUAGCCGACGAUAAACGCUGGGUAUCGAGGCGCAAGAAUCGGGAAAAUUGCAAUCGAAUUGAAGCAAAAGAAGAGCAUCUAGCUCAGCAGAGAGAGAGAGAGCGAUGGUUUAAGCCGGCGAAGAAAAUCGAUUAUUAUGACGAGGAGGGUGCAAAGAGUUGGGGUGCUUGGGAGAAGAAGAAAUGGUAUGGAGAUUGA